CCUACCCUCCCCCACCCUCUUUACUACUCUCACAGCAGCUCUCAAACCCCUAGAGAGUUUCCCUUCAUCUCACUCGCUCGGUGUGUGUCUUGCCGCUCAGACGUCCUUCUUGAAGUGUGAGUAUGACAGCCCACCACAACCCACCAUAACCCACCACAACCCACCACAACCUACCACAACCCACCACAACCUACCACAACCUACCAUAGUCCACCACAACUUUUCACAACCAACCAUAACCUACCGUAGCCCACCAACAACUUAUCACAGCCCACCAACAACCUUCCAGAAGCCUACCAACAACUUACCACAGCCCACCAACAACUUAUCACAGCCCACCAACAACCUACCAGUAGCCUACCAACAACUUACCACAGCCCACCAACAACUUAUCACAGCCUACCAACAACUUAUCACAGCCCACCAACAACCUAUCACAGCCCACCAACAACUUAUCACAGCCCACCAACAACUUAUCACAGCCAACCACAAUCUGUUAAUUAUUUCUGGUGUUGAUGCAUUAUAACUAAAUUAUCUUGUUUUUCAUUAUAUGUUCUUGAAGUGUGUGAACCAUUGUCUGAUAUAUUCUGUACUUGUGUUUAAUGAUAAUUUUUAAUGUUUGUCUUGGUUUAUAGACGUAUAAAUAAAGCAAAUAAGGGAAAGAAAUUGUACUGUGAAUAUUUUUGGAACUGAAUAAAAAAUAAAUAAAUCUGGGUUAACUUCCAUGAAUCAGAAAAAUGACUUAAAGAAAUAAUAUUAAAAUUAAACUGAGACUCUACCUUAACUAGUAGAUAAUUCCCGGAAAAGAAUGUUUACGUUAAUUUUGUCACGUCUUAAAUGAGCGUUUUUAGUUUAGGUAGAGCCUCAGUGUAAUAUUUAGUUUAUUUAUUGGCAUUAUGCUUUUUAAAUCAUUAAGUCAAGUAGUCAAGUAUACCUUUUCACAUCUGCACUUAUGACAAAUAUCCAAUCACUGAGAACCCGGACCUAACCUAACCUGGACUUGGUAUGUGUUGUUUAACAUGUUUGUAUCGAGACUUGGAGGUGCAGGUGACGUGUGUAUCCUGACGUGCAGGUGUAGGCAACGUGUUAGCCGCAAUGGUGGAGGGCGAGGCGGAGCUGCAGAAGACGAUGGUUGACCUGCUACACAUUUACUACAUCCCAGUCAUCAGCAUCGUGGGUAAGUCAUGUCUUAUUUCAUGGCCUUAGCUUGUGAGAACUUUCUUGUCGUGCAUCACUUGUAGAGUCUAUCUCAUGUUGGUUUAGUACUCUCUGAUAACAAUGACUCUCACUAAGACUGACUCCACGUGGCAGGUUCGUGAUAGUGGCUCUCUCUGGCAGGUCCCUUAGUGACUUGGCAGGUCCCCACAGUGGCUCUCUGUGGAAGUCACUAUCAGGGACCUGUCACAGAGAGUCACUAAACACAUUAUGUCACCACUUGCUUGUACCUGAUAUAUAUAAUUAUGUACAUCUAGUUCCACUUCCCACACUUUUGUAAUGUUAAAUGGAAAAGUCUUUUUAUAUUUAACUUUUAAUGAAGAAGAAUUAACUCAAGAUUUUGUGAUGUUGGGAUUAAUGUACAUGUUGACAGAUUUGUGAAAAUAUGCAUUGGUUUGUAAAAUCGGUACAUACCUAAGUUACCCCUAAAUAUAAUCCAGAAUUACAGUUUUGAGUCACAGGAAAGUGACCUUGGUACUGUGGACGCAUUCUCACGUCCCCAGUCAGGUGAGCAGAUGGUAGGUGGAACUGAAAGAGCUUGAAAAUUAUACCUAACCUCUACUGAAACUAAAAUAUUUCUCUCAUCCCCAUUAAAGAAAGAAAUAACUAAAGAAUCAUUUAGAAUCCCUUUUCAUGUGUUAGAUUAAGUCAGCCAGUUGGAUACAUUGUCACAUUUUCAGUUUAGGGGAAAAAUUAUCAUAGAAAACAUCAUAGUUAAAGGAACUUGUUCACUUAUUCCCCAGAGAUCAAUUUAAUGUACGAACCUGUGCGUCUUGGGUCUGGUUCUCGUCAGGUGUGGUGGGGAAUUUGUUGAGUGGGGCGGUAUUCCUCAGGACUCGCCUUCGUCGUCGGUCGUCAUCUUACUAUCUGGCAGCGAUGGCGGCUUCUGACACGACGUUCCUGAUGCUACUGGUCAUACGCUGGCUCCUUCACCACGACUCUUUCGCUGUCUUCCGCCUAGAGAUGUUGGAUUCUGCCCCAGCCUGCAAGAUUAUUAACUAUGUUGGCUCUACCACCGCUAGUGUUAGUGUGUGGUUGACGGUAGCUUAUACAUUAGAGCGUUGCAUCGCGGUACAAUACCCACUGAAGCGUUCCACCAUCUGUACAGUAGGACGCGCCAAGUGGUCUAUCUGCGUGAUCGUCAUCCUCACGUCCCUCAGUUACCUUUAUCUUCUCGUCAUACACGGCCCUUCUUCCCAAGUCCAGGACUGUGGCUUCUAUCCAGAGUACCAGAGGAUGAUGAAGGUGAUGUCUGUAGUGGAGAUCUUCGUAAUGGUAUUCCUGCCCUUCGCCCUCAUAGUCCUCAUGAACUCCCUCAUCGCCUGGCGUUUGUGGACCUUCUCCAGGAUCUUCCACCCUGCCACCACACCCACUGCUGAUGCCCACAAUGACUCCUCCAGAACCCUGAUGUGUGAAGGAACAAGGGAAACGCCACUUACUCCCCUCUUGCCCGCACCACCCCAAGGCUUCACUCCCAGAAGCCACAUUGCCAUGUCUCCCCUUCAUCCUACCACUCCCAAGUGUGUCAAGUCUACAACUAUGCCACAUGGUGCCACGUCUACAUCCAUGCCACAUGGUGCCACGUCUACAUCCAUGCCACAUGGUGCCACAUCUACAUCCAUGCCACAUGUUGCCACAUCUACAUCCACACCACAUGUUGCCACAUCUACAUCCAUGCCACAUGUUGCCACGUCUACAUCCAUGCCACAUAUUGCCAUGUCUACAUCCACAUCACAUGUUGUCACGUCUACAUCCAUGCCACAUAGUGCCACAUCCACAUCCAUGCCACAUGUUGCCACAUCCACAUCCAUGCCACAUGUUGCCACAUCCACAUCCAUGCCACAUGUUCCCAUGUCUACAUCCACACCACAUGGUGCCAUGUUGUCAGAUGGUGCCACUCCUACAGCCAUACAGAACAAUGAGUCGAUCCUUCAGUGCUCACGUAAGGUCAAUGGCCUAGUUCCACACCUCAUUAUUGGAUCAAGCUUAGGCCAAUUGAAUGACCUUUCUACAGGAGAGGUCAGUGACUCAUCAACAAGUCAGGUCAGUGAUUCAGGUUUACACGACCCAACCAGUGAGUCACAGGUCAGUGACUUAUAUAUAAGUCAUCUUUCUGAUUCACGAUCAGACCAGAUCAGUGACUUAGCAACAUGUCAGUUCACUGACUUACGUUCAGACGAGAUCAGUGACUUACCUUCAAGUCAUAUCAUUGACUCAUGUAUGAGUCACCUCACUGAGUCAUCCCCAGGUCAGGCCAGCGACUCAUCUCCAGGCCAAAACGAGCUCCCCCUCCCUGCCCACACUGCCAGAAAUGACGAAAACCUCAAUACUAGGAACAACUCCCAUGCCAGUACUAGAGACCACGUCCAUGCUGCCAGGAGCCACGCCCACACCAUUAGAAACCACGCCCACACCAUAAUAGACCACGCCCAUACCAUCAUAGACCAUGCCCACACCAUUAUAGACCAUGCCCAUACCAUUGCUAGAGACCAUACCAGAGACCACACUCAAACGAUUACUAGAAACCACACCCACCUCACUACAACAGACCACAGCCAGGCUUUUACUAAAGACCACACCCACGCCAGUAAAAACCACACACACAACACCACCAGCGACCACACCCAUGUCAAUAGAAACCACGCCCAAGCCAAUAAAGACCAUGCCCAUAACAACAUUAGCAAGAUGUUGGUACUCAUCUCAACUAUGUUUAUUUUGCUUCAGUUGCCAAACUACCUCCUCCGUGUCUACGUCAUGUUCAACUACCAGCUGAUGGAGGGGGGGGAGACGAGCACGAUGAUGAUGACGAGCGCUACGAUGUUUACGAUGCCACAGGAGGAUGAUUUGUCAACCUUGUCAUUGAUGGAGGAUGAAGUGACGACACAACCGCAGCAACAGAUGGAUGUGAUGACGUUGUCUCAAGCGGAAUUAGAGGUACAGGAAGGAGUGAUGGAGGAAGAAGAAGAAGAUGAGGUGUUGAAGAGGAAGGAUAAGGAACAAGAGGAGAAGAAGAAGAAAAAGCCAGAGGUAUUGAAAGGAAAGGAUAAUGAGGAAGAAGAGGAGAAGGAGGAGGAGGAAGAGGGAGCAUCAUUGUGGGAAGAGGCGAGGGUUGAGGAACUUCAGGCGGUUCAAGAAGUGUUCAUGUGUCUCUAUUACUCUCACUUUGCCGUCAACUUCCUCCUCUACACCAUCUGUGGCUCCAACUUCCGCCAAGGCCUCCGACAGCUGGUCUUAUCCAAACUCAAACAGCUGGUCACCUGGGCACAAUGCACAGGCACAGCUGAUCAACUUUAGUGAUCAGGUUUGGUCUAUUGCUCUGAUCAGAAACAAAAUAAGUCUUAAGUGUUUUGUGAACAACUUUGAUCACCUGAAGAUUAGACACUCCAGCUUAUUUCACCUGAUGAUUAACAAAUCUAAUGCUACCUGGGGGGUUUAGGUUAGUUAAAGCUGAGUUGAGUUAAGUAAGAUAAGGUUACUUGGUUUGAUUGGAUUGUAAUGUUGGGUUUAGUUAGGUUAGGUUGGGUUGGAUUAGACUAGGUUACGGUGAUUAAUCUUCAGAUGGUCCAACAAAUUGUAUUUUAGUAUGUAAGUGCUGCUGUGUUAACAAGUGUAAAAUGUACUCUUAAUAUAAGUUGUGUGUGUGACCGAGCUUGAUGUACCGUAAGACAAUACUCCUAUAUAAACAUGAAUACCAAGUACCUUAAUACAUAAACCCAAUGUCCAAUAUAAUAUGUACACCAGUCCAUCAAGUUAAAAAUUCUGACAGAUAAAACUCUCUGUAUCCAUGUAAUCAAAUAUAACAUGUAUUUUAAUAUAUCACUACUAUAUAAACAUAUAAAUUAUGUAUUUUAAUAUAUCAGUACCAUAUAAACAAAUAUAAUGUAUUUUAGCAAUGUAAAUUACCUUCUUUCUAAACUGCUGACAAAAAUAACACUCAUUUUUGUACAUUUAAUCAUUUUGGUGAACCUCGAUAUUUAGGGAUACGUUGUGCUAAAGCAUUUGUGUUUAUGUUGAAGUUUCUGAUAUCGUGAAGGAUUUUAUUUGAGUCAGUUCAGUAGGAAUGGAAAAGUAAGUUAGGGAGAAACUUAAAAUAUAUAUGCUAGCUGUGAACACAAUCUCUCUAGGUAGCCACAACACACACACCUCUUUGGUGUUGCACAGCACUACCCUCACCUUCAUACAUGCUGUGGUGUCUCAGAUAAGUCCAAGGUGGGUAAGAGCAAUGAGGAACUACAGCAUUAGGAUGGGUAAAAGUAGAAUAUGCUCACACGUAACACGGCCUGACUGAUGAGGCAUCACAUCUCUCUCUCGAUACACACAAAGACGUCAAUUCAUUAUUGAGAAAAGCAAUGGGAAUAAUGAAUAAAUAGGAAGUACUACCUUAAUGAUAGUAAUAGAAGGAAAGUGUAUCACAUGUCUCAACACUACCAAGAAACUUGUCUAACUGAGACUAAACAUGAGGACGUUCUGGGUGUUUAGUCGACAACAAACUAAAGUUCUUGAAUUGUAAUAAAAAAAAAAAACCUUGGUAAUAAAUUUAUUU